CUACAAAAAUGGUGAAGUGCAGGUGAACAGCAGUGAGAUUCCCAAAUCCUCCAGAUCUCAGCUUGUGUGGGGUCCUUGUAGAGUGUUUUAAUUUUGGUAACUUAGAAGCUUCUUAUCCUUAUGUAAUAUUGAAUAUUCGUAUUCUUAAAUUAUGUUGUAUUAUCCAGGUGUCUGUUGGAAUAAACCCAAACCCAAACAGAAUACUUUUAAAUGCAAAAGUUUGCAAAAUGACUUUUCAUACAAGGAGAUGUCUGUUCAAUAAGCAGCGACUUCACAUGGACAAAAAUAAUGAGAAAAUGUUUUUCAUAUUAGAUGUUCUCCACAAAUUACUUUCAUUUCAUCUUUACUUGAUCUUCCAUUACAAAUAAAAGCAGAAGCCUUUCUGCUGGGAGGUCGAUUCAUGUUGAAUCUUCAUCUGUUGCCCUAGGCAGCUUUCGCUGUAAUUGCCUCUACUUGGGAAAAAAAAAAAAAAAAAAGAAGAGAAAUCUUUUAACAGUAAAUUAAUUAGAGACCAUCUGAUUCCUUUAUUCACACCAUCUCUCCCAGUACAUUGAGCAAAUAAGGAAGAUACCAGCCAUGCCACCUGGGCCUCUGCUGUUGGUUUUGGAGGUAGGAUGCUGCCUUGACAAGCAUGACGGAGACAUUGCAGAGAGCCUUUAGAGCAUGAACUUGUCACGCAGCCUUGGGUAUUUUCUGCUUGUCCCAAAGCUCUCUUGCAGGACAGUACCCAUCUCGCAGCACCUGCAGGAGGUGCAGCUCUCACUGUCCUACCUUUACCAUGGCUAAAAGCAGCAAUAGGCUAAAGAGACAUCACCCUUCCUUCAAAGAUGAGUUGCCAAAAGGGUUGCCACCUGACAAAGAUCUACCUUUCGACUCCUGCCACUGUGGUGAAGGGUAUUCCCUUCAAAGCAAUAGGAAGCUUUGUGAAUGGCAUUAGCAAUUUGGCUAACACCCCUCUUGUGGCUCCAUAUCUGUAUUCAUAUGGAAAUGAUGGGAAUCCUCAGGGCAACCCCACCUACUUCAACCGGGGCAAUAUUGAUGUGACACAGAAUCGUAGGUGCAUGGAUCCGUGCUGUGGGGAAGUGACCAAGUGCACGACCUCAUGUACAGACCCAAGCUGCUGCGAAGGGAUGAAGGGCAUCACUAAAUGCAAGGAUUCAUGCUCAGAAGUGUCAAAGGACAACACCAUUUACUUGAACCUGGGCAAUAUUGAUGUAUCACAGACUCCCAGGUGUGCGGAUCCCUGUGGUGAGGAAGCGACCAAGUGCACCACCUCAUGUGCAGACCCAAGCUGCUGUGAAGGGAUCAAGGGCAUCACUACGUGCGAAGAUUCGUGCUGUGAAGGAGUGACCAAGGGCACCAUCAUUUAUUUGAACCCGGGUGAUCUUGACGUGAUGCAGAACCCCAGAUGUGAGGAUCCAUGCUCUGAAGAAGUUACCAAGUGCACUACGAUUUACUUGAAUUUGGGUAAUAUUGAUACGACACAGUGCGCGUUUCCGUGCUGUGUGGAAGUGACCAGGUACACCAGUGCAUGUGGGGACCAAUGCUUCUGGAAAGUGACCGAGGGCACCAGCAGAUGUGAAGAUUUGUCCUGUGAAGAUGUGACCAAGGGCAAUACCAUUUACUUGAACCUGGGCAAUAUUGAUGGGUCCCAGACUCCCAGGUGUGCUGAUCCAUGCCACAAGGAAGGGACCAAGUGCAACACCAUUUUCUUGAACGUGGGUAAUAUUUGUUUGACACCGACUUCCCAGUGCAUGGACCGGUGCUGUGAAGAAGUGACCAGGGGCAACACCAUUUAUGUGAACCUGGGCAAUAUUGAUGUGUCUCAGAAUCCCAGGUGUGUGGGUACCUGCUGUGGAGGUGAGACUAAGGGCAACACCAUUUACUUGAACCUGGGUAAUAUUUGCGUGACACCGACUGCCAAGAGCACGGACCGGUGCAGUGAAGAAGUGACCAAGGGCAACACCAUUUUCUUGAACCUGGGCAAUAUUGAUGUGUCUCAGAAUCCCAGGAGGACUGAUCAGUGCUGUGGAGGUGUGACCAAUGGCAACACUAUUUUCGUGAACCUGGGUAACAUUGAUGUUUGAUGAAGUUAACUGCAUGGCUCUGUGAGGGGCUGCAUGUGGAGCCUCCCAUGGUGACAGCCUCAAGGUGACCCUACUCUGUAGCGCCAUUGCCCUGUGGAGUCUCCAAAGCCUAAGGAAUGAAAAUGAUUUACUGAAUCCUGUACUUGUCAAUGCCUUCCAUCUUCGCUUUCCUAGAGCCCUCCCUGCCCUCGGAAGAGUAAAUCCUCCAAUGGUUUCUUAUCGUGCUCUGCUGAAUUUCUGCUGUAUUUACUCCAAGAACAAUGCCUUUCCUUGUAAGACGUAACUAAGUGAUUUUAUGCCCCCAUGAAUAUUGCCUGGGAGAGAUAUUCUGUAAUUCCUCUUUGUACUGAUGUGGAUGGAGGAAUUUCCCCCUUUGUUCUUUCCUGACAUCUCGUU